AGAAGCAGCAGCGAUCGGCUGGGAGCUGCCUGCAUCAUCCGCCAACCAAGCCAGGACCCGACCAGCAGAACCGGAGGAAAAUGGCGUUCACAUUCGCGGCCUUUUGCUACAUGCUCGCUCUGCUGCUCACGGCGGCUCUUAUCUUCUUCGCUAUCUGGCAUAUAAUAGCUUUCGAUGAGCUGAAGACUGACUACAAGAAUCCUAUAGAUCAAUGUAACACUUUAAAUCCGCUGGUGCUCCCAGAAUAUCUCAUCCAUUUCUUCUUCUGUGUGAUGUUCUUCUGUGCGGCCGAGUGGCUCACCCUCUGUCUCAACUUACCACUGCUGGCUUAUCAUGUCUGGAGGUAUAUGAGCAGACCUGUGAUGAGCUGUCCAGGACUCUACGACCCAACAACCAUCAUGAAUGCUGACAUCCUGGCGUACUGUCAAAAAGAAGGCUGGUGCAAACUGGCUUUCUACCUCCUGUCAUUCUUCUACUAUCUCUAUGGGAUGAUCUAUGUUCUGGUGAGCUCUUAAAUGGUGCGAUGAAGCAAAAGGACCUGCAUGUACAGUAAACGACCAGACACUAUGAUUUUAGUGCUGGAGUACUGGACCUGCUGGAGACCACCUUCCAGCAACACAAGACGCCAUUUCCAAGUGGACAAACCUGUCAUUUCAGAAACAUUUAGCCAGUUUUAAGAGAAUCUCGAUUGCAGUGUUCCUCUCAUAGCACUAUAGUUACAAAGAUUUUAUGGAAAAUAUGGACAAACCUGAAUGGACACAUUUCUUUUUCUUUCUUUCUUUUUUUUUUUUUUUUUUUUUUAAAUGGUGUGAUUUUUGAUGCUUGGGAUUUAAAAUAAAAUGUUUUUUUUUCUCUUCAUUAUAUUUCCCAGCUGUUGAGUGUUUACAGACUAGGUAGACAUUUUCAGGUGUGCAUUUAUCUGUGAGAAUCUAAGCUGUGUGCUGAACUGCAUUAGCUUUUUCUGUGAAUUAGAUUCUGGGCUUUAAAAGCUAAUUUACACCUGCCACGUGACUCAUGACCAUGACUGAAAUGAACAGCAGAGUGUAAGCCAGACUUGUGUUCUUGCCCACAGAUACAGAAGGUCUUACAACUUGAUUUUGGGACUCGAAGGUACAACGAGGGCUGAAGUGCGUGGGGUGUCAUCACUUAGUGAAACGUGCUGCACAAGGACAAUCAUAGUCUGGUUGUCGGUUAUCACCUUUCAAACUAUCUGAUGUUUCCAAGCUUCUAUGACAAACUGUUGGCAGUAUUUGUUUUUUUUAAGUGUAGACCGCCAUGUGUAUGUGAUCUGUAGACUCGUCCUUGCAGCUUUCUCUAAAUUAAAAGGUAGACUCAACAGUACUUUAAUGUACUCGGCGUUAGGAACACACUCCUGCUUUCUGCGUUUAAACUUUGAUAGGCGGCUGCUGGUGUGCCAUACUGUUGAAUAUACCUUUUCAAAUUCUUGUCAUUGUGUAUUUUGUUAAUUUGAACACCAAAUAUUCCACAUUGAUAGAAACUCUGGCAUUUUAUUUAUUCAGUGUUUUUGAUUUUACAUUUUUCUUUUAGUAAUUCUCCAGAAUAUCAAGCACUCCUCACCGUAUCGCUCAUCUCCAGAAUCUAACUCUAGAGUGAUGUUUUAGGCCAUUACAAAAAAAGUUUCAUUCAUGUUAGAGUAUUUAUUUUUAUGUCUAACAUGUAAUGUUAUCAGGGAAAAAGAUUAUCAUUUGUCACAUUUAAUAAAAAAAAGUUUUUAUGUGUUAGAUCUCAUCAGAUUACAUCUAGGAAAUGAUUUAUUGGAAUCUAAAUAAACUAU